ACAAUGCUCAAAGGACGAGCAAUUCACAUUGUAGGCGCAUGCGUACUCCAUUGUUGUGAUGUCCACUUAUUCAACAUGUCUGCCUCCAUGGUUCGAGCGACCGUCCGAGCGGUCAGUAAAAGGAAAAUACUUCCUACCAGAGCCGCACUAACGUUGACACCAUCUGCAGUGAACAAGAUCCAAUGUUUGUUGCGAGAAAAGCCAGAAUAUAUUGGCUUGAAAGUCGGCGUGAGAACACGUGGCUGUAACGGCCUGACGUACACGCUGGACUACACCAAGGAGAAGGAAAGUAGUGAUGAAGAAGUCCAGCAGGAUGGCGUGAGGGUGUUCAUCGCGAAGAAAGCCCAGCUGACGCUCCUGGGGACCGAGAUGGACUUUGUGGAGUCCAAACUAUCCAGUGAAUUUGUCUUUAACAAUCCCAACAUCAAGGGCACGUGUGGCUGCGGAGAGAGUUUCAACAUCUGAGUGUUCCGUCCCCAAAGAAUGACUCCGUAUGGAUUUACCUUAAAGCCAGUCUUUUCACCACUGCAGACGACGCACACUAACACAGGCUUUAUGCAUCCAAUGUUAAUCGCCACUCCUGGUUUUAUUUCCUCCAGCUUUUUUUUUUUUUUUUUCCCGGGAGGGCGUCGCCGAGUGUUUUUCCUUAUUUGUAGUGGCAUCCUACUGUCUUACAGAUACGCACAUUAUUUUAUUACGUCACUUGAAGAGGAUGCAGUUAAGCUUCGCGAAAGAGCCGAAAUGAAACAGAAGUGUCUUGAAAAGCGAUUUAUAGGUUUGUAUAGUCUUUUGAAAAUUUACUGCUUAUUUAUCUCUGCGUGUAAAUAUAAGCGUGUGAAUAAACGAAGAACCACAUUUGCGCACAAUAAAGUCAUGUGAAAAACAGACAGUGGUACCUUGACUUGUGUGAGCACCAAUUUUCUAGAGUUUCUAGAAAGCGGAAUAAAAAAUGUCAUUGGCAGCCAAUGUGUUAAUAGUACAGAUAUACAAAUCUACAAUU